GGCGGCAUCCUGGGAUGCGUUGCGAUGUAGUCGACGGGCUGAAAGGCCACUUUUCACGGCGCCCCCACUCGCCACCAUCAUGUCGUCCACUCCCAAGAAGCUCUACACAGAUGCACUGGAGCAGCAGCCUCCUAUGGCCGUCCCAAUCGCCGACCUCAGUCAGUGGAAGAUAUCGGUGAUGAGCGCCAAGACCAACUAGUCGACAGACCUGUGUCCUUGCAUCGCGCUCAACACGACCAUGGCACGCAUCACCAAGUACAACCACGUGUACGCUGUUGCGUUUGGUGUGUUGUACGCUGCUUUUUUUGCGCUCGUGCUUGUCUUUAUCAUCCUCAGCACCUGGACCUACACGUCGUUGAUUGCUCUGUGGGGGGUGCUCAUCCUGAUGAGCUUUGUCGUGACUGCUGCUCGCUGCCACGUGCGGUCAUUCUUUGGCAUCUCUGGCAACCUGUGCAACGACUGCUGCUGGUCGUGCUGGUGCGUCAACUACACGAUUGGGCAGAUGCAAAUGCAGGUCGAAGAUGUCGAGGCGGCCCCACACUCCUCGACAAUGCCAGCGUACCAAGCCUAGCUCUAAGUUGAACACGAUUUCGAGUUGUCGUUGUU